AUGACGCAGUGUAGCGGGGCCAUCACUAGAAUGAGUUCAGGUAUAAUAACUAAAGCACAGCCAGAUGCACAAGAGCGCAACUGUGAACCUGCCCGGUCACCCGGCAGGAGUACAGGAGGAUCUGGAGAUGCACAAGAGCGCAACUGUGAACCUGCCCGGUCAACCGGCAGGAGUGUAGGAGGAUCUGGAGAUGCACAAGAGCGCAACUGUGAACCUGCCCGGUCACCCGGCAGGAGUACAGGAGGAUCUGGAGAUGCACAAGAGCGCAGCUGUGAACCUGCCCGGUCACCCGGCAGGAGUACAGGAGGAUCUGGAGAUGCACAAGAGCGCAACUGUGAACCUGCCCGGUCACCCGGCAGGAGUACAGGAGGAUCUGGAGAUGCACAAGAGCGCAACUGUGAACCUGCCCGGUCAACCGGCAGGAGUGUAGGAGGAUCUGGAGAUGCACAAGAGCGCAACUGUGAACCUACCCGGUCAACCGGCAGGAGUACAGGAGGAUCUGGAGAUGAACAAGAGCGCAACUGUGAACCUGCCCGGUCAACCGGCAGGAGUACAGGAAGAUCUGGAGAUGCACAAGAGCACAACUGUGAACCUGCCCGGUCACCCGCCAUAAUUUGA